UGGUGCACAGUGUUUCAGAUUUUUGAAGCUCUAGUUACCUCAAACCUGAUUUUUCAGCAGUCACUCAGCCUUUCCAAAAGUUUCCAAAAUGGGUCUUAAAUUCCUCUGCAUACACAACAAAUAUUUUAAUUGAUGAAUGGGUUGCUGUACGGCUAUAAUGUUCAGUUUUUGGUAUUACAAGACACCUUUUUCCUUUUUUAUUUUAAGAUCAAUACAUUGCUCUCCGAACUAUUUUUGAUUUUCGUGUAAGAUCUGUAGCUCUGUGCAAUCUAACAUCAACGUCCUGAAGCUGAUUCAUUUGUUUUGGGACGUGGCUACUUGUGUGCUAAAUCUCAGUUUUAGGUUCUUUUUCAGAGGAAAAAUAUUUCGGAUCAUUUAAAUUGUGAGCAUGUCUAGAAUGUUUGAGUAUUUGGCGAUGGUGUCUGCUGUUUCAGGUAAAAUAGCAAUACCACAACGUGAAAAAGUCUGCAAUGUAAAUGUAUGUAUGUGUAUAGGACGUAAAGAUCUGUUGUUCUUACAAAGAUUCACCAGAGCAUUAGAUUGUUUUUGCAGAGUUCUCACAAUUCAGCAAUGGUUUGAAGCUAUGAAAGUGAUAUAUCAGAUUCUUCUAUGUUCCAUGUCAGUCAAAUCACACAUAAUACUGAGAUAACAACGGAUGAGUCUUAAAAAGGGAAUAAUUACAGUUUCAAAUAGCAAUGUUUCUAAAUAACUAAUAAAAAUCAAUGGGUUCACAUCUGAAUGUAAUUUCCUAUCUUAAUAUAAUUAAACCUACAAAUGCUAUUCAGUCCAAACAAACAUCCAGUGCGCACAACAUCUCUUAUUUCUCUCUGAAAGGGUUCCUGGUCCUCCUGAUCUGCAUUGAGCUGUGGGUCUGUUGCUCCCAGGCCCCAGUGCAACAUGGUUUCCAUUAAAGCUCUCUAAAGUUGUGAAUGGUCACCAGUCCUCUGGCAGUUGCAUGUGCGCCUGGAUCAUGCUUUAUGUUGGUGGGCAUGAACUUCGUCACUCAGCUGUUUUGGGUGGGGGAGAUAAAGGGGCACUGAUAUAAUGGCCCCGUUCUCUCUGCACGCACAUCCAUUGUGCUAACCCGCUUGGAAACGCUCCACCAUGGAGUGGCUUUUCAUUGCCGUGGCAACCUGCUUGCUAGUCCUCUGUCCUGUCAAAGGUAAGUGCUAGAAGCAUCCUGACCUGGGAAGAUAAGCUGGAGCGCAGGGCCCACGUUACAUGUGUGAGACUGAUUUAGGAUGAAGGAAGGAGAUGUUUGCGUGGAGCCAUGUUGAAGGCCUUUGUGCUUGUCAGUGGAGGCCAGACUGUCAUAUUUUGACUUUUUUUAAGCCCAAACUGCUCAUGGAUCUUAACAUUUUUUCCGGUGACGAGUGGAGGCUGGAAUAUGAGGAAGGACUCCGUCACUACAGUGAGGAAGCGCUUAGAACGGAGUUUCCUGAGAAGACCAGGCCAAUCAGUUUCAAACACCCACCUUUCAUGUGUCCUGACAUGAGCCCCUCCUCUUCUGUGCCCACCUCAGUUGAGCUGGUGAAGGCAGCGGAUAUUAAAGUGAUCGCUGCCCUUGGGGAUUCAUUGACAACAGCCAUUGGUGCAAAUGCAACCACAGUUCUUGGCAUACCUAUUGAAUUUCGUCACGUGUCUUGGAGCAUUGGUGGCUAUGGAUCCUUUCAAGAUGUCAUUACACUGGCAAACAUCAUUCGACUCUUCAACCCCCACUUAGUGGGACCUGCCCCAACCAAGACGGUCCAUGGGACCCCAGCUCCCCUCUGCGAGACUGGAUUUAACCUGGCUGUAACCGGACACAACACCUUUAAUCUUCCUGAACAAGUCAGGCAUUUGAUUGAUACAUUGAAAACAUAUGAGGAUAUUGACUUUGAUGAGGACUGGAAACUGUUGACCAUUCUAAUUGGGAUGAAUGACAUCUGUGAUUACUGCAAAGACAAGGCAUUGCUUACAAAGCUGUUUCUUUGGCAAACUACAGACAGAAGAUUCUUCUACAGUAUUGACAAAUUUUGUUCACAAUGUCAAAGCGGAAACUAGAGCAAGCUUAAAAUAAAUGUUAAAUUGAUUGUGAACACAUAGAUGCUUGUAAAGAUGAUCAUUAACAGCAUGUCUCAUAGUAGUUGUACUAGUGCUUUGAAAUGUGUUUGCUUUUUUAACAAACAGUAGUUCUAGCCUAUAGUCAAAGUGCUGAAGUGACCUUUAAAGAUUCUGUAUUCAGAUAUAUUGUCCUGUAGGAGUGUGUUUUUGGAGCCUCUAAAUUAAUGUUCUCCGUUUAUACACACAGUCCCUGUUUUCAGUGGAGAACUUUGUCCAUUACAUGACUGUGUCCUUGGAAAUGCUGAUGAAUGAGGUAAUUUUUGAGAUUUGG